CUCGAGAUUUUUGACACAUUCCACAAUGGCCUUGUUUUCUGCUUUUGGUAUCGUGCGAGCGAUUGCGCUCUUGCACAUUACCUUGGCAUAUUAUUUUUUGGUCAAUCCGCGGAUGAUAGCUGAGCAGAACUUCGUACUGCUCAUGGGAAACGCCAUGGACAUGCCCCAUGUUUCGGACUUUGGCAAAGCCACUCCGGUUACCGCGUUCCUCGCGCUAGUGCUCGGCUUCUUCGGUAUAUCUGAUCUCAUCGCUGUCUCCAUCACCGAACCGAUCGCAAUCGAGUACUGGAGCGCCGUUACUCCCCUAAGGCUCCUCGUGCUCUUCCCGCUGACAGCGUACACAUAUCUUCACCAGCCAGACUACUUUGGAAAGCUCAAGGGCAAGAUGCACCAAGCUAGUCCGAGCGACAACCUGAAGAACAGUCUGACCUUCAGCUUCUGCUUCAUAGAAACAGUUUUGUGGUUCUGGGUCUAUGUGUCUCUCAAAGAGCAGCGUCAGGCAGCAGCUCAAAGGCUGCUCAGAGGGCAGAAAAGAGCUAGCGGUUGAGUCUUAGCAGGCAGCCGGGAAACUUGGAGAGGUAUCGGUCCGCCGCGGUAUUGUUACGCAGCCGAGGAAGGUGUCCUCAGCAGCGUGCGUACGGACUUUUUGGAAGCGAGGCUACACGGACAGCACAUAAUGAACCGAUCAGGAUGGUGUUUGCACACUCCGAUGACCAGAUUUCCAAGCAGUCCACAAGCUUGCUCCACAGCGAAGUCAAGAAAUGGGACCACCAGGAUGCGCAGUAGAGAGAGCAGAUGUGUUAGAUUGGGAUUGGAGACAAAUAGUUAAGAAUACGUGAGUCUGCAUGAGAGAUCUACGCAUCAAUGGUAUAUAACAUGAGCUGCGAGCGCAUAACCUGCUUCGCACGAGCUCCUCUGCUUAUCAGUACAGGGCUCGUAUCAAGUAUAGAAGUCCAUGUUGGAGUGCAAAUACGAGCCCGAACAAAAGACACUAAGCGUGCCUGUAAUAU